AUGUUCGAGACGAUGCGGUCGACCUUGCUAGCUGUGUGCCUGGCUGUGGCGGCGGCGCAGGAGGAGACGGUGCAGGUGCAGCUUCAGCAGGGUGUGAUCGAGGGCGCGAGGUCGGAGGCCGGAGAAGGGAGGUUUCUCUACAGCUUCCAGACCAUUCCCUUCGCCGAGCCUCCUGUCGGGGACCUGCGCUUCAAGAACCCGGUGCCAGCUGCGCCUUGGUCGGGAGUGAGGAACGGCUCGCUGCCCACGCCCAUGUGCCCCCAGCAGCACCCCCUCCUCGACUCCAAGCCCUUAGGACAGGAGGACUGCCUCUUCCUCAGCGUCUACACUCCGCGGCCGUAUGAGUCGGAUCUGCCGGUGAUGGUGUGGAUCCACGGCGGAGGAUUCACCAUCGGAAACGCUGGCUUUUAUGGCCCUCUCCCUCUCCUGACGAAGGACGUGGUUCUCGUCACCAUACAGUACCGCCUCUCGACUCUGGGAUUCCCGCCCAGGCCACUCUCUCUCCCGCAGACUCUCACCCUCAGCGCCCGCAGCCCUCCCCCCCCCGCCGACGCUGGUACCAGCCGACCCUCCCUGUCCUAG